AUGCGGGUGCACCUGGGCAUGCUGGCGGGCGCGGCGGCGCUGGCCGGGGCGCUCAGCUUCGUGCUCCUGGCGGCCGCCAUCGGCACGGACUUCUGGUACAUCAUUGACACCGAGCGGCUGGAGCGGGGCGGCCCGGGGGCGCGGGGCCGGGCGGGGGCCGCCAACCGCAGCCAGCUCGAACCGCUCAGCUCGCACUCCGGCCUCUGGCGCACCUGCCGCGUCCAGAGCCCGUGUGUGCCGCUGAUGAACCCCUUCUGGCAGGAGAACGUGACCGUCAGCGACUCCAGCCGGCAACUUCUCACCAUGCACGGGACGUUUGUGAUUCUGCUGCCGCUCAGCCUGAUCCUGAUGGUUUUUGGGGGGAUGACGGGGUUUCUGAGCUUCCUCCUCCGAGUUUCUGUUCUCCUCCUGCUCACAGGGACCCUCUUCUUCUUUGGAGCCUUGGUGACCCUGGCAGGAAUCAGCGUCUACAUCGCGUACUCGGCCGCCGCCUUCCGGGAGGCGCUGUGUCUCCUGGAGGAGAAAGCCCUCCUGGACCAGGUGGACAUCCGCUUCGGCUGGUCCCUGGCCCUGGGCUGGAUCAGCUUCGUCGCCGAGCUGCUCACGGGGGCGGCCUUCGUGGCAGCGGCCCGCGUGCUCAGCCUAAGACAGAGGCAGGACCAGGCGAUCUGAGACCCACGUCUGGACCCGUGGGAGGUGCGGGGGCCCUGGGACCUGUCUUGUGGGCCACGG